CCGCUGGGGUGAACAUGGAGGACACCGCACGCUCGCACUUCGACUACGGGGAGACGCGCAGCCUGGACAGCCGCGGACAAGGCAACAAACCGGCACCCCCGCUGCGAGGGCGUGGCUGUGGGAGGAAAAGAAAAGGGACACCCAUGAAAGUCACACAAGCUGAGGAAGAGAGCGUGCCUGAACACAGCUUCAGCCCAGGUGAUCGUAAAGAAGCAGCAGAGAAUAAGCGUCCCGUGCUGGACGGACCGUUCUACAACGCAGAGCACGCUCCUCAAUACUGCGGCUCAUCAGCGCCGCCUCGCCACAAAGUCCCCAUCGGAUCCAAGACCUGCUCCCGCUCGGCCUCCGUACCGGCCCCGGCUGCGGCCGCUUCAUCGCCCGCGGCCCCGACGGCGCUCCCCGCCUCUGCGGCGGCCUCCACCCGGGCCCCGUCUCUGACCCCUGCGUCCACGGCCCCGGCCGCCCCGGCGGCCUCAGCGCCGGCCCCGGCGGCCAGCUCCUUCCCCCCGUCCCCGAACUGCCGCAUCCGAGAGGUGCACUGCGGCAGCCAGGUGCGGUUGGUCGUCAUCGCCAUCCGGGACAUCACCAAGGGGGAGGAGAUCACCGUGGACUACAGCCUGACCGAGUGGGGAGACAACCUGGGUUUCCGUGGCACCGUGUCUCCCGUGCAACACGAGUCUCCCUCCGACACAGAGAACAACAACAAUGUCAAAAAGGAGGAGGAGCCUCUGUCUGUGACCGCCCAGCAGCCCCAGCAGCAGGACUACGUCACCCCGUCCUGGUCUCUCUCCCCCUCCUCCUCCCCCAUCUCCCACUCUGACGCCAGUGACUCCGAUGCUGGAGACGAAGACACCGGCAGCCCCCGCGGGCGAGCGCUACGCCGGCGCAAGAAACGGCGUGGCGCUCACUUGAAGAAGAAGACGCCCCAACGGGCCGCGUCCGGGCGCCCGCUGCCGGUCUGCCCCACCGGCGUUCCCCACCACAGCAGCCCGCUCCCCUCACCCCACCCUCCAGGUCAGACCACCCCCCCCGCCUCGUCGUCCUCCACCUCCGCGAAGCUCGUGUUCAAAGCUCCGGCUCCGCUGGGCUCCAGCACAAAGGGCAACAUCAGCUCGAACGUCCCGAGAGGAGGCGUGUCCAUAGACUCCAUGCGGCAAACCUGUGAGCACUGCGGGCGCCACUUCCGCUCCUUGGGUCGCCACCUGGACAAGCACCACGCCCACCAGCCAGAGGUGUGCUCCGCCCUGGUGGAGCGCUACACGCAGAUGCCCCGCCUGCACGCACAGAACUCGAACCCCGCCACCGCUCCCGCGCACGCGCCGCAGCGCUCCGCGCCGCAGGACGCGGGACGCGGCCACGUCUCGGAUCUGACUCAGCUCGGCGUCCAGGACCUUUCCAUGCCCCCGCCCACUCUCACGGCGGCUAACCAAUCCCCCGCCUCCUCUGGAAGGAACCCCACCUCAUCGGUGCUGACGCCUCCGCGAGGACAGAGCGCGGUGCCGGUGUCUGUCCUGAAGCGAAGCCCGCCCCCGGUGGCCACGGCGCAGUCCAGGAAGGGGGCGGUGAGGAGGCUGAAGACGGAAAGACUGGAGGAGGACAACAACAACAACAGCAACAACAACGACGAUGACGACGACGUGGAGGUGGUAGAGGUGAAGAGGCCCAAAGAGGAGGAGCACGUUGAGGUGGUGUGCGCUCCAUCCUUUGCAAACAAUUUAGCCAAAAACAUGGAGCCUCCGAAAAUUGCGGAAGAUGAGGAGGAUGAAGAAGAGGAGGAAGAGGAGGAGAAUGGAGUGAUGGAGGUGGAGGAUGAAAGUGGGACCGAGGAUAAGGAAAAGGACUUGCUCAGCGGUUCGGGGCGUCACCACAUGCUGCCCCUCCUCUCGUCCCUGUCCUCCCUGGUGCUGUACCUCCGUCGGCUGCAGCACUCGGCCUUCUUGUCCCUUUCUCGGCAGCUCCAAUCCGCCGAGGCCUGGCGCCUGCUCUGCCACUCCAGCCUGGCUCUCCUCAUCCUGUACAACCGGCGGCGUGAGUGCGAGGUCUCCAAGCUGUCCAUCGGCGAAUAUCACGCUCGCAUCACCCCCCAGUGCCCGGUUCCCGUGCCCCUGGGUGCCCCGCCCGCCCUCACGCCGUUGGAGGCCUCCCUGUCCCCGUUUGAGCGCCUGGUGCUGCCUCACCUCCCCAGGGUCGGCGUCCAGGGCAAACGUGGACGAGUGCAGCCCCUCAUCCUGCCCCCUCACUGCGAGCCCUGCCUGGAGCUCCUCCUGGAGACGCGGCAGGACGUGGGCGUGGACCCGGCGAACCCGUACGUCUUCGCCAGGCCCUACCACUCCCCCGCCACGCCGCUGCGGGGCACCGACCUUCUGCGCAGCUUGGCCCGCUCGAGCGGCACCCGCAACCCCCGCGCCCUGACCCAGACCAGGGUUCGCCGGCAGGUAGCCAUACUGACCCAGCUGCUGCUGCUGGGGGAAGGGGAGGAGCCCGGGCAGCCCGGGGGCAGCGCGGUGGAGAGGCUGGAGCACUUCCUGGAGAGGGAGUACCACGUGACUCAGAACUGCGCCGGGAUCGGCCAAGACCCAGGCCUGAUGGGCCGGGUGGGCCGGGUGGUGCUCUGCGGGGAGCGAGACGGAGUGCUGUUCAGAGGAAUGAGCCUGAACCACAUCUGCCUGGAACUGGAUGUGAUGUCGGGAAACUCUGCCGACUCGUACUCCGAGGGAGAGUCCGACGGGGAGCGGAUGCAGGAGAAGCCUGAGGCGCCCGCCUCCCCUCCGGCUCCCGCUCCCGCUCCCAACCCCACGCCCACCCUGCUGUAUGUCAGGAAGGGCAAGAACAACGGGCGGGUGGGGCGACCCAAGAAGCUCAAGAACCUGCAGCCGCCCCCCGCACCUCCUCUGCCUACGCCCGUCAACCGCAGGAGAGGCUCAGGUCAGCCCAAAUCAGGGAAGCGCGGCGUCCUGAAGCGGCCCUGGUCAGAGGCGGAGCGCGCGGCGGUUGAGGAGCACCUGACCCAGAACAUCACCGAGCUCCGCGUCCCCGCCAAGGCCGACUGCGAGCGCUGCCUGCAGCAGUGCCCCCUGCUGGUCAGCAACCACCGCGACUGGCGGGCCAUCAAGUUCUACUGCCACAAUCGCAUCCAGCUGUUGAAAAAGAACCAGCGGCGAGAAAGUGAGCCCCAGCUGCUCACUGUCUGCUGAAGGGGUUGGAGGGGGGGGUCUGGCGGGGAGGGGGGGCGGCGAUCCUCAAAUGCUACCCGGCUUCCCAGGAAACGCACAAUGACGGUCCCACAUUUCACUCUUCUAACCCUGACAGGCGAUGGAACAGACGUCUGCUCUACUUUAAAGGUCUUAAAAAGUGACACUAUCGCGUCUCAACGGCGUUCCUGGUUCGGGGGUCAAGAAGCAGCGCACUGUGACGGGGGCCGUUUGAGACCCUGAAACUGGCCUCCGCCUUUGUUGUGUUGUAAAUGGAGUUGUUUUCUUCUCGUCUCCUUCCAAAACGAAUACACUAAACUAAAAUGUAGAGGGGGAGGAGACGGAGCCCCACAGUGUUGUUGAGCGUCGUGAAGUAGUGUUAGAGUUUUAUGCACUUGGAGACGUAAAUAGGACAAAUGGCCCGUCCUCGGGACACACAUUUCCUACUAGUGGCUAUAUAAUGAGAGUAGAACUAACUACUUCUAACCUAGAAGAACAACCAGAUAUUUCAAGCAAGCUAGAUCCUCUUUUUUCACACUGCUGUUUUGUUUUAUGCGGUCCAUCAUAUUCACGUGUGAGGUACUAAGUGAGGACUUUUCAUGUAGAUAACAAUAUUACGAUGGAGAUUUCAUCGGUUUCAUGAGAGAGGCCACGACGUGUUGGCAGAAUGUAGUGAAGUUCCUUUUGGAUGCCUAAGAUGACCUAAAACAAAGAAACAUGACAACUGUUCCGACAGCUACCGCUACCCCCCCUCACCCCCCCGACCCCCCCGACCCCCCCCUCCUCCUGCAGGAACCAGCGUGUUAUUGAUUCCUUCGAUUGUUUCCUUUGUUGCACAUUUGUCGUUUAAAACAGUAAAAAAAAAGCAGGAUGUUACUUUAUAUGACGAGGAGAGAUUUCCCAUGUGGUUUCAAAGGCAUUAAUCAGAGAAGUGGUGUCCAGUUGCCUCGUCCGUCUCUGUCGUCUUUUGCGAUGUCCUCACUACUCUUACACGUUUGGGGGUUUCUCUGCGGCAUCGCCUCCUUCGGAAUAGAACCUCCACGAAAACCUCAAGAGAUACUUGAAGUUAUUUGAACCUUUUUGCAGAGUCUUUAUGUCGUUUCUUGCUCUAGCCUUGCCAGUUACAUUGUACAUAACAAAUAUAUUAUCAUUAUGGCUGGUUGUUUGUGCUAGGCUUCAUGUAGCCUUCCUUUUUUCAUGUUUGAGCUGUAAAUAAGCCUGUUUGUAAAUACUCAUCAGAGAAGCAAAGAAAAAACACAAUGUACGACAUGCCUUGGUUAUUGUAUUAUGUUUUUUCUUUUUUUAUAAGUCUUAUAAAAAUCUAAAGCUCCAUGA